AUGCAAGCAGGGCGUGAGUGGGUGUCGAGGCAGGCUGGCAUCCAUGCAUACUUCCACGGGUUUGAUGGCAAAGACACAAGGCGGGUGGGUGGAGUACAUUUGUGUCUCACCAAGAAGCGACCCUAUACUUCUGUAGCGGACUGGUCUGAUCUCAGGCUUCGGCGGCUCCUGAUUGGCCGGCUCUCUGGGCCAAUCAGAGCGCACGCCCUGCAGAGGCUGACGCUGAGUGGGGGAGCCCGCUGGCAAGCGACCACAGCGCCCAACGGUCGCCUGUCACUACUCCUCUACCAGCCCGCCGGCUCGCUGCUGUCCUGCCCACCAAUGGCCAAUUCAACCAUCGUAACCCCGGAUCAGACUGUCACGACUGGAAAAGGCGAAGGCGGAUCAGGAGGGGUGAACCCAGACUACACUGCCUUUGUGAUUGUGCCAGUUUUUUUCCUCCUGGGUCUGCUGGGGGUGUUGAUCUGCCACAUACUGAAGAGGAAGGGUUAUCGGUGCACCACUGAGGCCGAGGAUGAGAGCGAGAAGGAGUGCGAAGAAGUGGAGCAGGAUCUUGAGCUGGGCGGAGAUCUGAAUGACACCUUCAGUGACAACAAUGACACAGUUGGACAGAUUGUUCACUACAUCAUGAAGAAUGAAGCAAACUCAGAUGCCCUGAAAGCCAUGAUUAAUGAAAACAGCAUUGAUUCUGAUGGUCCUCCCCUCACCCCGACCUCCCCGACCUCCCCGGGCACCCCCACGCCUCCCUUAACACCUGUAUCACCGGGGGCGCCACCAGGGGCCGCUAAGCACACCUGCAGCCACCUUCACACCAUUGGGGGUAUGGCUGGCAACAAGAACAUCUGCACCCGCUGCAGCCAGAAGAAAUGGCCGCUGAUGAGGAGGCCGUCGCCCCGCAAGACUGAGCAGCGCCGCAGCCACUGUGGAGAGGUCACGGUGCUGGCUGUGGGCAGGUUCCGCGUGACAAAGUGUGAAAAAACAGCCAGGGAUAGGCGGACGUUGCUUAUAACAGAUUCAAACGGGAGUGUCCCUACGUCUCCGACAGAAGCAGAGCCUAAAAGCCGGUCGACGUCUGAAUCCCAGGAGGAGCAGACGGACAACUUGGACAAAGAGAAAUUAUAGAAAUUCCAGCUUUCCAAAGAGAGACGAAAACCAAUAUCUGGACGCUUUUUAAAACCCAAAUGAGAAUAUUAAAACAUCAGCACUGGAGGGACCAGAAGACUCAAUCCGGGAAUCGUCCACACGUACUCUCGCUCCACAGGGAGCAAAAAGGAGCUGCUGAUGGUGACGACGGUGAAAUACAGAGUCACACUAUUUUACAAACAGAAGCGGGGAACUUGUAUCUGUUUAUGAUACACUUAAUUUCCCCCUAAAACAGAUUUACUUCAGUGCCUUGCUCAAGGGCAGCUGCUUGACAUCAUGGAAGCUUGAACCAGGGCUUUCCCAAUGAGCUCAAGUCUCAUUAUUUGUAUGAAGAUGAGGCCCAAUAUAUUUGUACAUAAUUAUAAAUAUAUAAAUAAGUUGUGUGUGUGGAGGUACAGAGGAGUUACUGCAUGCCAUCAGCCAGUGAAUUUAUAUAAAACUAGACUUCUGAAAACAGGUACAGCCAGUCAGAGAUAAAAGGUUGUCAUUCACAAACGGGAAGAAGGAACAACCUGACAUAGUGGCCACAGAUCCAGGAAGUAGGCUGGAGCGUCAGUAGAUGUGAUAAAAGAGUAAAGCAGCAGUAAUCUUAUCCUGUGACAGCGUGAACAUGAUGUCAUUGCUCUUGAUGUCAGGAUGAUUAUGCGUGUUGCACGGUCAGUGUUUUCCAACUGAUGAUCCAGCUCAUCAUUGUUAAGCUUCCAAUUGGACCUCUAAAACAAACAAAAAAAAAGAACAAAAUGCAAUAUUCAGGGUUGAACAUUAAUGUUUAAAUGUUUUCUUUUAGCUAUAAAAGCUCUGGAUGACAGUGUUAUUUAAUUAACAGCAAACCAUAAAAACCUGAAAUAAAUGUUUUUUGCCACUUGGGGGCAGUACAUCAAACUAUAAACACAAUUUUGACACGGCAUCAUUAGCAAACUGUUGUUUUCACAUCCAGCAGACUUGGAUCAACACUAACACUUCAUUUAAGUUGUGCUUUUGUCCAAUUUAUCAAUGUAAAUCCAAUAUUCCCCCUUCUUUUUCGCUCUGUUUUUGCUCUUUAACCAACUCUCAAUGGAAACAUAUGGCACAGCUACUAAAUGCUCCUCUGUGUUCACCAGCUAGCUCACCAGCUGAGCGGGCGGUGUACAGUACAGCGGGUUUAUCAGAGCUUUUCCCACUGAAAACAGCUGCCUGCUACGUCUAGAAACGACACGAUGACAGAUUUGACAAAACAAGCUGAAAGAGGCUAAAAAAGGUCUGUAGAGCUGCCAGGAUCCGCAUAGUCAAGUGAUUCUUUGUGAGUUCAUCAUUACAACCUCUUUCAUAUGACACUUAGUUAUUUGACUUGACUGAUCAAUAUGUUGUGUUAAAAUGUAUCCUUAAUAACAAAGUUUAAUUUAUAGAUGUAUCAUGUUAUGUUAGAUUUAGAACAUGUAAAAUGUGGAUAUGACUAAGUUCCACAGAGCAAAUUGCUUUUACUCUCUCAUUUUAUAUUCAUUUUGUCAUGUGCCUACUGAAAUGGAUUCAUUCAUCCGAUAAAGCCAAAUGAAGCUACUUAUAUAACUUAGGCUGGAUGUAUCUUUUAUACCAUAAGCUGCCUGUAAAUUCAUCAUCAUCACUGUGCUCGCAGGGCUCACGAGCAGAUACUGUACAAUUGAUUUAAUCCGUCAUGGAUUAUCUAUUAUCAGACGGCCCACCUGGAAGUAAGCCUUAUUUUUUCUUUUUUUUUUUUACUUAUGAAAUGUGCCUUUCAUUUUUAAGCAUGUGUAUGUGAAUGGCAGAGAUCACGUGCUGUUGUUCACGAUGUGUUUACAGUGUCAGGAAUCAUUUGUAAGCAAAUUCACUGAACGAGAGGAAAAAACAUGUUUUUAGUCGCACUUAUGUUACCUCCAAGAAAUGUGUGUUUU